CUAGUUUCAAAAUAACAGUCUACACUUCUGGGUUUUGCUGUUUGCGUAGUUAUGGCAAAUGCUUCAAAUGUACAGUUUCUCAACAAGUGUGAAAGUGCUCCUAUUACUUUGGAGUCACUCCUUGAUUCAAAUGGUCUCAUAUCUCACCCAUCUCUCCAUGAACCACUUAGUAAUUCACUAACGAAUAUGAUUUCUGUCCCUGCCAUUAGUUGUCCCAUGCCUCUCAAUUGCUAUCCCAAUCCAAAUUUGUCUGUUUCAGAGAAAACAUCAACUGAACUAUCUGAAGGUUCUUUCGUUAAUGAAUCUCAAAGACAAGCCUUACUACUAGAUGUUUGUUUAGAACUUCUUAACCUUCUCAAAGAACAAGAUGUUAAUGGGUAUCUGCUUUAUCCUCUACCACACCUCAAACCUUUAUGUGGAUUGGGAUUGCUAGAUAUUGAGAAGAAACUAUACCAGAAAUAUUAUAAAACCCUGUCCGAGUUUCAAAAAAGUAUUUUUGGACUUCUCAAUUGCGCACUUCGAUAUUAUCAAGUUGAAUCAAUGGCUCAUAAUGAAGCUCAGCGGUUGUUCAAUCUAACCACUGAUUGGUUUAAUUCAUUAAAUACAAAUUAUAUCACUAGUUUAAAUCGUCCACCGGACAGUGAACUUACAGUUGAUAGAAAGUUGCAAGUCGAAACAUCAGACAAUAAUAAUGAUAACAUAUCUAAGGAGACCCAUUUACACAUUUUAAAUCCGGAUAAUAAUGGUAUCAUCAGUAAAACAGAACGAGUUCAAAGUAUUGGAGAUGAGAUAGGUCACUUGUAUUCAGGUUCGUAUUUGCUUCCUAAUGGUGGCUACCGAGAAGAUCGACGCAAUAAAAUAAUACCGUACACAUAUUUGGACUAUGGCUCUUAUUACUCAUUCGCUCCAGUUUACGACAGUGGGGCUUCUCAUUGUACUCCGGAGUCAAAUCAAUUGUUAUUGGGAACCACAUGGCUACCGGGACGUACUCCAUUUGUACUCGGCAGCUGUUCGUUGAAUGGUUUUGAUUCAUAUAGUUGUGCGAAUGACUUUGAGAUCACAGACGAAAUGAUAUCCGCUGUUUUGGAAAUGGGGGAUCAACAGUUAGCUGUCUCCCUUGCAGUUGCAGAAAGUGAACAGCGUGCAACAACCCAAUUAUCAUGUGAAUUAGAGGACAUCAUUCCAGGUCCUGAUGUACCUGAUGAGUUUGUAUUUAGUAUGUGUUUAGCUAAUGCAUUUACACGUGAUCUUAUUAAGAAAGAAGAAAAACGGUCUGUUGUUGAUUCAGUUGAUUCAUGUUCAGAAGUUAACUCCGAUGAAAAUAGUAUCAAAUCUGCAGGUGCUUACAAUUCUCCUUCCACAUAUGACUUGGACUCUGUUGUUCGUCAUAAUCCCAUCGAUUCAAGUGUUCGUGUGCAGUCUGGAGAACAAGAUAUUACCGACGAUGCUAAGCAGUUGGAUACAGAACUAGUUGAAUCUGCACAAGAUUUAAAUGCACUUUAUUGUUCACAAUAUUUGAGACUUGGCGACACUUCUCAGGCUGCAAAUUUAGGUUCAACGCUGCGACCAACCUCAAACGAACUGUCUAUCGCACAUAAACUGACUGAAAAACUGAUUAAACUAACGAAACGUGCUCGUCCAGGGGAUCUUAUCCAUCCAUAUACGGUAAGAAAAGCGAUGGGUUUAAAUCCAAAUGAUUAUUUUUUACCGGAAAAUGUCAACUGAUAGUUUUUUCUAAUAGUGCUUAAAUGUAAAUGUAUAUAGACAUAAAUGUGGAAUUAUAUCAUUUGUGAUUUUUGUUAUUAAUUUGUUUGGCUGCUCUGAUUUCGUCAAUUUAUUGUAUAUUAAGGUAAAAUUGAACCUUAUCCAUUUAUUCAAAUACAUAAAACUACGUAUUUUUACCUUGAUCAACUACACUGUAAAUUUAUGUCAUGUGUUUUUCUCAGUUUGUCUUGUAAACAAUAUUUACACUUUUCCUCCUAAAUCUUGUCUGCUUUUUCAAACAGAAAUUUUGUAUUCUAUAAAUAUGCUUUGUAUUACUGUACAUAAAUC